AUGGCAGACCUCAGCGGCGAGUGGAUCAUGGACAGCGUCGAAGGUGAUAUCGACAAGGUACUGGAAGACCUGGGUGUCGGCUACAUGAAGCGCACGAUGAUGUAUGGCCUGGGCUACGGAGUGGAUAAGGUGGAGUUUCACAUCACGCAGUCGGGCAGCACUCUGAAUCUGACUGGAAAGUCACCUAUGGGACCGCUGGCUGGAACAUCCUCAGCAAUGGAAAGCUUCGUCGGGAUUGAUGCUGCAUUCAGCUCUGUCUCUCACUUAGUGGAGGUUACCGACCUCGUGUCCUCAACCCUCUUCAUUUGGCAGGUGGAAGUCCGUGCCGUCGAUAGUCAUCUCAAUACCAUCAACCAGUGCCUCAGAGUUGGAGGAGCGAUAUCAGUCUUUUGCACCAAUAUUGGCAUCGCUUGGUUGCACCUGCCACGACCGUGGUGUCUUGGUUGUUUGGCUGUUUGCUGGCCCCAAUGCGUGUUUUUUGGGGUCGUGCUUGUAUUUGGGAUCGGCAGCUUUGACAUGGAUGUGACUUUCUUGAUGGUGCUGCUUGUGUGGGAUGGGUGGUUGUGGCUUAUGCUUUCUAUCACAAGCGCACGCGCGGCCGAUCGUGAACAGCGGCAACUCGCAGCAGCUCAGCUGCCUAUUCUGGGCAGCGCGCUGCCCUUCAUCUUGUCCAAGGAGGACUUGUUGAAAGUUACGGCAGGGCAACAUGCAAGGCGCCGGUGCCUGCGCUGGGUAGAAGACAUCCCCGAUGUGGUCUUGUCCAGCAUCGACAUGUGCUUCUUCGGAGGCUCUUGGUUUGCCCUUUUCGACCUCGUUCUGUCCAUCGCAGUACUUUGCGGCGGCUGCUGCUGCACGCGCAAGCCGCCCAACCGGUCCGAUGACACGUCUCACGACCCGCCAAGUCAGGCUGUGGGAGCGGCGGUGUAA